UGGAUGAUCUGCAAGUUGCACAUUCCAGGAGAGUGUAUCAGUGUGUGUGUGUGUGAGAGAGAGAGACAGAGAGAGAGACAGAGAGAGUGACAGAGGCGUCUUGAUGGAUUGGAUCUGGUUAUCCAUUGCGUCAAGGGAUUCGUAAUUCUUGGCUGUAAUCUGCAACCAACUGGACACAUAGAUGACACACUGCACUGUUCCCCAUCCUAAAUACAGAGUGCAGUUUUCCAUAUCAUCCGGUGAAGCAGGACAGAGGACAUGGACAGUUUGACUCGGCACGUGGAACGAGACCUCGAGGCUACGUCGCUGCCACUUCCAGUCACACUUCCAGAAUGGUUGGAGGAAACAAAUGAGACCAUGGGGAAUCAAUUCCAGCAGCCUGACUGGCAGGUGGCUCUGUGGGCUUUAGCAUACUCCCUUAUCAUCCUGGUGUCCGUCACUGGGAACGUCACGGUCAUCUGGAUCAUUCUCGCUCACAGGCGAAUGAGGACUGUGACUAACUAUUUCAUCGUCAACCUGGCCUUCUCCGAUGUUUCCAUGGCAACAUUUAACACCCUGUUCAACUUUGUCUACGCGCUACACAACGACUGGUACUUUGGCCUGGGCUACUGUCGAUUCCAGAACUUCUUUCCCAUCACCGCCAUGUUUUCAUCCAUUUACUCCAUGGCUGCCAUCGCAGUGGACAGAUACAUGGCCAUCAUCCACCCUUUGAAGCCUCGCCUCUCCUCCACCUCCACCAAGGUUGUGAUCACGCUCAUAUGGAUCGUAGCCAUCUUACUCGCAUUCCCACAGUGCUACUACAGCGUGACCAGAUUUUACUACCCCAGAACUGUUUGCAUGGUCGACUGGCCGGACGACUAUGGCGGAACACAUCAGCUCAGCUACCAGUUUGCUGUCAUAUUGCUGAUCUACCUGUUCCCCCUGCUGGUGAUGCUGGUGACCUACAGUCUGGUAGGCAGGACCCUGUGGGGAGGCCACAUCCCAGGAGAGGCUUCGGACCACUACCACAGCCAGAUCACAGCAAAGCGAAAGGUGGUGAAGAUGAUGGUUGUUGUGGUGGUGACCUUUGCUCUGUGCUGGCUGCCCUACCACACAUACUUCAUACUGGGAUCAUUCAAUAGAGACAUUUACAAGCAACAUUACAUUCAACAGGUUUACCUGACCAUUUUUUGGUUAGCAAUGAGCUCGACCAUGUACAACCCUAUCAUUUACUGCUGUCUUAACCAAAGGUUCCGUGCUGGUUUCCGUCACGCCUUUUCUUGGUGUCCUUUCAUCAAAGUGUCAGAGGAGGACAAGAUGGAGCUGCAGUACACACACACCUUCAGAGUGACCAUGACACGCAGCCAAGGCAAUAACGGCGCACACACCUCCGUAGAUACAAACAACACUUGUGAUGCAAACAAAGGCUUUGGGCAAGGAUGACGGAAAGGAUGACAGUACAUUCCUGGUGCAAAGAGGCGGUUUGUGUACUCAAAUUAUCCUACAAGCAUCAUUACAUGUGAACAACACUGAGGGUGCGAUGGGAUGACUUGGUGUUACGGUGAUCGUGGUGUAAUGAAUUUUUAAAAAUACCACAGAAGACAAUUUUUUUAAUUUACUGCAUUUGCUGCUAUUGUGAAUGAUCGUGAGGCCCACCUCAUAUCCUUUUUGUCUUUAGUGAAGUGUUUCUCACUUAGGGGUUUCUUGAGGACCCCAAUUGGUGAGUAACUAAAGUAAACAUAUAAAUACCACCUUUCAAAAGCUUAAAAUGUGUAGUGAACUUAAACAUUGAAAAGUACCGCUCUUGCUUUGGCUUCUUUUUUAGUUGUAUUGUCAUUUGCCUUUUUUGUGUAUUAUCACUGAUUGUGAAAGGGUAUAUGCACAAAAGAGCCAAAGAAAGCCCUACUCCCAACACUUGAUGUGACCCAGACUCUACCUCCAGAGACCCCCCGUCAAACUGACUUUGAGACCCCUACUUUUGGACCACAUUUUCCUUGGAUUUUUAGUGGAUUUCCGUGUUUUCCCACUACCAAACAUCUCAAGGUUUUCACUGCUGGAGUGGUAGACAUGCCUGUUUGUGGGGGAACAUUUAAGUUUUUAUAUUUAUUGGCUAAAUGGCCCUGUUUCUGGAAGAAAAAAAAGAGCACACAUUGGUAGGUGUAGAUGGCUGUAAAAUACAUUUUGGGAAGAAGUCACACAGCAAUCAUGUCUUUGGUGUAUUUAAAAUCAGUUGACCAAAAAUCCCGCAGAUUAAAAGUGUUAAGUGUUGUCUGUCUUGGCAGGACACAUUUAACUUCCAAUAUGCAUAUUCAGUAUUAGCCAAGACGACAGAUUAUUAAUGAGCAUGUGACAAUGCGAAACAUUAAUGCGGGUGUAAAUUUAUGCAGAGCUGCCAAGAUACUGACAUUGUACAAGGACAUACUGCACUAUAUUGCAUAAAAGUAAUAUUUUCUUUUAUUUAAAGAGUCCUUACUCAUAAGCCAAGAUUUUGUCGUUCCAUUCCCUCAUGCACUUUGGUUCUUUAUGCUUUGCUUGGAAAAUAAAAUGGAGUGUAUUCAUGUAAUAGAAAUGUAAAUAAUGAAUGGCAAUCAUCACGGUCUGGUCCUGAGUUCUAUUUAUGAAUACGUACAGUGGCAUUGUGAACGAUCGGUGUUUGGUGUCUGCACAAAACAGGUCAGUUGUUUUGAGGCCUAAAUAAUAAACAUGCAACGUGU